AGAGGAGUAGUGUUGUACUCUGGAGGGGAGAGAGGCGACCAAACCCUUCAUUGUCUGAACAACGCCGGCGGCGACGGCGGCGUUUGUGGGAGAAUUGACCGGCGAGAUCCGACGGCCUUGCCGAGCUACCAGCUCAAAACCUCGAUCUGCAAUGGUGGCGAACGGUUUCCCCUAACGGACCAGAUCUAUUGUGGCGGCAAAUGCGGUGCCCGGAACUCCGGAUAGCGGCGAAGGAACCCUAGGCGAUCGGAGCUUGGAAUGGCGGUGGAACAAUGAAAACCUUGGGGACAGCGUGAACGAGCUCGGAAUGGCGGCAUGCAAGGUUCUGACGACGAAACCCUAAGUUCUUAACGGUUACUGGAUAGUUUGACAAUAAACUAGAGUCAGAUAUGUUCAGUAUCUUCUUAUACACUCGGAUUUGAAUGUUUUGAACCGCGGGCGGGGGAAUUGAGGUUUUUGCAGCAAUAUUGAGCCGUGUAGAACUUAUGCUUUGGGAAAGGAGAAUGUGUAAACAGAAAAUUAAAGCAAUGUAGCCCCCAUGCUCUUUGAUGGUAGCUCUAUCUAGAGUGAACAGAAGAGACUGUAAAAUAUUAAAUUCUGUCAAAUUAGUUGAGAUGUUGUUGGAUGACGAAAUUGAAGAUUUGAUUGAUGAUGGGUUUGAGGGGUCACAGGUUGAGCAGUCUCUAUUCAGAGAGAUUUUCUUUAGGAAUGACACUGGUAGUGCUAGUAAGAAGUGUCUUGUCACCGGAGUAAUAAACUUCGAAUGCGAGUCCAGCAAGAACACUGCUACAUCACUUUGUUCAAACAGUGAAAAUUCAGUUUUAACAAGUCAUUCUUCCUCCAAAAAUGCCUGUCUUGACGACUUUUCUAAUGUAACUGAGGAAUUUAGAGAAACUUCUCAACUGGAGAGUUUCCCAGUAAAAUUUGCUUAUGAAAAUCGUAAUGGUGGGGAGGCUAGUGAUUGUCGAAAAAAGUCUUCAGUUCAUAAACCCCCUAACGCCGAGCCUGAUUUGGGAAAUGCUUCAUCAGCUUUUCGAGAAAAGAAUGCUUCCAGCGCAUUCUGCCCUGUUACAGAACCCAUCUCUGAAGUGGUUACGCUUAGGUUGGUUGAAUGUUCCAGUGAGGGAUUAACCUCCAGCUGCUAUCUGCUGAAGCAGCAUGGAGGAAUGGUGAGAGGAUGCAGAGUAGUUGACUCCAAUGUUUCAAAGUGCAGAUCGCAAAGCUUGGAAGGCAAUGAUGCAAAGGAAGCAAUUAUAGGUAAAGCUAUUGCUUCACCUGCUUCCCAAGAGAGCUUUGCAUCAAGGCUUUUGGCUGCAAGUCCAAGUGUAAAUGUUCAAGAGAGAUUUGAAUCUCCUCUACAUGCUGAGGAAAGGCCUCAAGAACACCAAAGCUUUGAAUUAGAUUUAUCAGAUGUUGCAUUGAAGACAAACUUAAAGAAGGAUCCUCGUCAACUUCUCCAGUAUCAUGUUGUUGACUUACUUAGAGCAGCGGGAUGGCGUAUUGAGAGGCGUAAAAGACCUAGUAGGCAAUAUAUGGAGUCGGUUUACAGAACACCGAAGGGUAGGCCAGUUCGUGAGUUUGCUAAAGCUUGGAGGUUAUGUGGUCAACUUUUGUCUGCAUAUAGUUUAGUGGAGGAAGAUGAUGGUAGGGAAUGGGCCAAUAUUGCUCAGUUCUUCUUAGAUUUAUCUGAUACUUUGGUAAUUCUUGAGAAGGGCACAAAUCAUUCAGAAUUGUCUUGUCGCUGGAGGCUGUUAGAUCCCUUUGUUAUUGUCGCUUUCAUUAACAGAAAGAUUGGUGCACUGAGAAAGGGAGAGGUAGUGAAAGCAACUUGCAGUCUAGCAGCUGAUAGGAAGCUUGAUGUUCGUUUGACCUUGACAAAUACCGAUAGUGUUGGCCACCAGAUUGCAAAAAAAGAUCCCCCCCCAACUUCCAUUUGCGGGUCUGUUUUGGCUGGUGAAAGUGCAUUGGUAGUUUCUGAGGGGAAUUUCCAUAACUCAUGUGAGCAAUAUGGCAAUAUAGAAUAUAGCGGCCUGAAGAACAAUGAGGCAGUCAAGUUUACGAAAGGCAUGCCACUUGAUACAGCUAAGGGAGAAGGUAUGCUUCUUGUGAAUGCUUCCAAUGAGUUUGGAGAUCUUCGUAGCUUAAUCUCCGGGGUCAAAACAAGCAGUUUGGACAUGACUUCCUUUGCUACACAUGGAACUGGACCAACUGGUAGUACUGUUGUGCAGUCAACUAAUUGUCAAAUCUCUGAUAAGCAGAGUUCUGAUUGUAAUGUGGGAACAACUAAGGAAGUUAAUUCUUUCAACAAUAAUGCUGAAUCGCUUGCACGCCAAGUGACUGAUAUUGGCCAUUAUCUACUGACGUCAGGAGACAACCAUGCAAACAACAAAGGUGAUGCAUUGGUCCCUUUCGAAGAUUCGGAUGCUGUUAGGCACUUGACACAUGUUGAAGAAGACGAUAGACAACAAUUUGAAGUCUCUGAAUUAACGCUGGUGGAUACAUCCUCUCCUGGAGAUAUUAUUUUGAAAAAGAAGACUCGCAGGAAAUCAAAGAGGAUUUCUGAAAUGGAACCAAGCUCAUUAUACCAAAGUGGCAAUCAUUGUUCAAGUUCUGUUGAUGAGGCUGACUUGCUGUAUGUUAAUGGUAAGGACAUCCAUUUAGAGUUGAAUCAGGUUCAGGGAGACCUUGUAGCCAAUGAAAGAAUUAAAGGAACUUGUAAGAAGUCCUCAUAUCUCAAAUCCUCCCACCAUCAGAUGGAGAAAAAAAGCUCGAAGUUAAAAAGGAAUUUUUCUGAGCAUAUUGAUUCUAGAAUUGUGAAAAAGAAAUCAGCUAGGUGCCGAAUUGAAGAUGAUGACUUAUUGGUUUCAGCUAUCAUAAGAAACAAAGAUUUUAUCCCAAGUAAUGCUAGAUAUACUUCUCGAAAGAAAGCCUGCAAAUCAAGAGCUCGAAGGAAGCUUAAGAGCCAAAAGCGUACCUGCAGAUUGCUCCCAAGCUUGGUGAAUGGGGGGAAGCACUUUAAAGAUGGCAAGUGGUAUUCAGUUGGAGUAAGAACAGUUUUGUCUUGGCUGAUUGGUAGUGGAGUGAUAUCUCUUAAUGAUGUUAUACAGUAUCGAAACCCCAAGGAUGACGUUGUCAUCAAAGAAGGCGUGAUAACCAGGGAUGGCAUUUUGUGCAAGUGUUGCAGUAACUUGCUCAUGGUUUCUGUGUUCAAGAUUCAUGCUGGUUUCAAACAUAACCGGCCAUGUUUGAAUCUUUUCAUGGGAUCUGGUCAGCCCUUCACCAUAUGCCUGCUUGAAGCCUGGUCAGCCGAAUACAAGACCAGGAAAGGAGGUAGCCCUACAGUGCAAGUUGAUGAGAACGAUCAAAAUGAUGAUUCAUGUGGUCUUUGUGGUGAUGGGGGCGAGUUAAUAUGCUGUGACAACUGUCCCUCUACUUUCCACCAGGCUUGUUUGUCUGCGAAGGAUCUCCCUGAAGGCAGCUGGUAUUGCCCAAACUGCACUUGUUGGAUAUGUGGCUCUUUGGUAAAUGACAAAGAUGUUUCAAGUGCCUCAGAUGGAUUAAAAUGUUCACAGUGUGAACAUAAAUAUCAUGAAGCUUGCCUGAAAGAAAAGGGUAGAUAUCAAGCAGCGAUGUCAGAUUCCUUGUUUUGUGGUAGUAGCUGUCAGGAGGUUUACCAUGGCCUUCAAGCUCGUGUUGGUGUAUUUAAUAAUGUUGCUGAUGACUUUUCUUGGGCACUGCUUAAAUGCAUUCACGAUGACCAAAAGAUUCAUUCUGCUCAGCGGUUUGCCUUGAAAGCAGAAUGCAAUUCGAGAUUAGCUGUUGCUCUUACAAUUAUGGAGGAAUGCUUUCUGUCGAUGGUGGAUCCAAGAACAGGCAUAGACAUGAUACCUCAUGUCUUAUACAAUUGGGGGUCCGAAUUUGCACGUUUGAAUUUUCAAGGGUUUUACACAGUCGUCCUGGAGAAAGAUGAUGUGUUGAUAUCUGUAGCAUCAAUCAGGGUGCAUGGAACGACAGUUGCAGAGAUGCCCCUUAUUGCAACAUGCAGCAAGUACCGUCGGCAAGGAAUGUGUCGACGCCUUGUUACUGCCAUUGAAGAGAUGCUUAAAUCAUUUAAGGUGGAGAAAAUCGUUGUAGCCGCCAUACCAGAUUUGGUGCAGACAUGGACUGAGGGUUUUGGCUUUACACCUGUGGAAGACAAUGAAAAGCAGAGUCUCAAUAAGAUCAACUUGAUGGUUUUUCCUGGAACAGUUUUGCUUAAAAAGCCUUUGUAUGAUAAUAGAGAUACGCAGGCGCAAUCUGGCGAUAGAUCGGGAUUGAGAGCAGAUGAAUCUACCAAAGUGGAUGAUAGAUUCUGUGCCGACAAGUUCAAAAAGCAAUUCAUUGAAAAUGACAUUGUAGAAUGUAAUAAGUUAACAGAAUUUGAAUGCAGUACUAAAGUUAAGGUUAUUGAUGGCGAUAUAGGAGUAGAUGGUAUGUCGUCAGUAGGCAUAGAAGAAUCUUCUGAAGUAGAUUUUAAUUCUAGAGAGCUCAUCAAGUUUGGGCCAUGUUAUGCCGCCAAAUGUUGCACCGAUGCGGAAAAUGAACCUAUGGGCAGCAAGAACUUGCCGAGAUCUGAAGUUUAUGCUAGAACUGAUAAGAAGACUGCAGAACAGCAAUCUACUGUACAUUGUCAUUGUAUUAGAGGUGGAGCUGAAACAUCAGAAGGCUGUUGGAAAUCAGAAAUCAGAAGAGUCGAGGAAGUGGUUAAGCCUGUACAGCAUCAAUCUAAUGGAAACUGUUGUGCUAACGAACAAGAAGUUGGACUCGACGGAAUCGAAGUCAUGCAAGUAGGCGAAGAUGAAAGGAUCUCUUUGCAGGACCAAUUUUCAAAGCUGUCCUGUGAAGACCCAACUUCAAAAUUAGGGGACAGCCAACCUGAAACGGUUAGUGGUGUCGAAUCCUUUGUUAUGUAUGAUGAAACACAGGUUUCCUUGGACGAACAGCUGAAGAAAGCCUGUGAGGUUAAUGUAAGGUAGAAAAAAAAAAUUUAUUGAAGAGAAAAUGACCUUCCACUGCUUAAGUAAAAAAGAAAACAGUAAAAAAAUAAAAAAAAAAUUACUUGACCUCAAGGCCAGUGAAAUUUUAGCUUUAAAACUUGGGGCGGGGAAAUUAAUAAAUGACCACUCCAGGGGUUUGGGAUAGAUGCUAAGAUUCACACGGAAAUAUGCAGCCAUUUAUCGGA